CAGACUUGCGUCUUGAAGGACAUGCUGUUACGUUCUCCACCUGGGAAUACAAAAUGGAUAAAAUUAUACCUCUCCUUUGGCUUAGCCUAGAUGGACGAAGGCGUGUGCAGACUUCUUUGAGUCACACUGAAUUCUUCUUCAUCAUCAGGUAAUCCCACCGUGAGCUGCAGCCGAAUCUGACCCAAAAUGGCCGGUGCCUCUGUCAAAGUGGCUGUCCGGGUGAGGCCUUUCAACGCCCGCGAAAUCAGCCGGGAUGCCAAAUGCGUGAUCCAGAUGCAGGGAAAAACCACCUGUAUCACCAAUCCCAAGCAGGCCAAAGACGCCCUCAAGAAUUUCACCUUUGAUUAUUCCUACUGGUCUCAUACCUCGGCGGAGGACCCCAGCUUUGCGUCCCAGAGGCAGGUCUACAAAGACAUUGGCGAGGAGAUGCUGCUGCAUGCUUUCGAGGGCUACAACGUUUGCAUCUUCGCCUACGGGCAGACGGGGGCCGGCAAGUCUUACACCAUGAUGGGCAAGCAGGAGCAAGACCAGCAAGGCAUCAUCCCUCAGCUCUGUGCCGAUCUCUUUGCCCGAGUGAAUGAGAACAAGUCCCCCAACCUCUCCUAUUCUGUAGAGGUGAGCUACAUGGAAAUCUACUGUGAGCGUGUGCGUGACCUCCUGAACCCCAAAAGCCGGGGGAACUUGCGUGUGCGGGAGCACCCCAUCAUGGGGCCCUACGUCGAAGACCUCUCUAAGCUUGCUGUCACCUCCUACGAAGACAUUGCUGAUCUCAUGGACUGCGGCAAUAAAGCCAGGACUGUCGCUGCCACCAACAUGAACGAGACCAGCAGCCGCUCCCACGCCGUCUUCACCAUUGUGUUCACCCAGCGCCGUCACGAUGAGCUCACGGACCUUGACACUGAGAAGGUGAGCAAGAUCAGCCUCGUAGACCUGGCUGGGAGCGAGCGAGCCGAUUCGUCGGGGGCAAAGGGCGUGAGGUUAAAGGAAGGCGCGAACAUCAACAAAUCUCUGACCACGCUGGGCAAAGUCAUCUCCGCACUGUCAGAGAUGCAAAGCAACAAGAAAAAGAAGUCUGAAUUCAUCCCUUACCGUGACUCUGUGCUCACCUGGCUGCUGAAAGAGAACUUGGGGGGAAACUCCCGCACCGCCAUGAUUGCUGCCCUCAGCCCAGCUGACAUCAACUACGAGGAGACGCUGAGCACCCUCCGUUAUGCCGACCGCACCAAGCAAAUCCGCUGCAACGCGGUCAUCAACGAGGACCCCAACGCCCGGCUCAUCCGCGAGCUCAAGGAGGAAGUGGCCAGGCUCCGUGACCUCCUCUCGGUGCAGGGGCUGUCGGCUACCACCUUCCUGGGCAUCAGUCCUGGCGACCCUGGAGGCGGAUUGGGCCCCACCUCGCCCUUUGCCUCCAUGGCAGAAUCCCCCCUCCUGCUGGAGCCCGUUGCCCUCAACGGGGAGUCGGAGCCGCCUGGCCACGCGGCCACGGAGGAGGAGAUCAUCUGCACGGAGGAGGCCAUGGAGAGGCUUCAGGAGACCGAGAAGAUCAUUGCUGAACUCAAUGAGACCUGGGAGGAAAAACUGCGGAAAACGGAAGCCAUCCGGAUGGAGCGAGAGGCUCUCCUGGCAGAGAUGGGCGUAGCUCUCCGGGAGGAUGGGGGCACCGUUGGGGUCUUUUCGCCCAAGAAGACUCCGCACCUGGUGAACUUGAAUGAGGACCCGCUGAUGUCCGAGUGCCUCCUCUACCACAUCAAGGACGGCGUCACGCGCGUUGGCCAGCAGAAUGUGGACAUCAAGCUGACGGGGCAGUUCAUUAAAGAGCAGCAUUGCGCCUUCUGCAGCGUCACCAGUGAAUCUGGAGAAGCCGUGGUCACGCUGGAGCCGUGCGAGGGCGCCGAGACCUACGUCAACGGGAAGCAGGUGAAGGAGCCGCUGGUGCUGAGAUCAGGCAACCGUAUCGUGAUGGGCAAGAACCACGUUUUCCGCUUCAACCACCCAGAGCAGGCGCGGCUGGAGCGAGAGCGCAACGCUCCCACCGAGAGCCAGGCGGAGGCGGUGGACUGGAAUUUUGCCCAGCGGGAGCUGCUGGAGAAGCAAGGCAUUGACAUUAAACUGGAGAUGGAGAAGAGACUCCAGGACUUGGAGACCCAAUAUCGUCGGGAGAAGGAGGAAGCCGACUUGCUUCUGGAGCAGCAGAGACUGUAUGCAGACUCCGACAGCGGGGAUGACUCGGACAAGCGCUCGUGCGAGGAGAGUUGGCGCCUCAUCUCUUCGCUGCGCGAGAAGCUCCCUGCCACCAAAGUGCAGACCAUCGUGCGCCGCUGCGGCCUGCCCAGCUCCGGCAAGAGGCGCGAGCCGCUGCGCGUGUACCAGAUCCCGCAGCGCCGGCGGGUGGCGAAAGACCCGCGCUGGCUGACCCUGGCCGACCUGAAGAUGCAGGCGGUGAAGGAGAUCUGCUACGAGGUGGCCCUCAACGACUUCCGGCACGCCCGCCAGGAGAUCGAGGCCAUGAGCAUCGUCAAGAUGAAGGAGCUGUGCCGCCUCUACGGCAAGCGCGACCCCAACGAGCGCGACAGCUGGCGGGCCGUGGCCCGAGACGUCUGGGACACGGUCGGCGUGGGGGAAUCCUCGGACGGCGGUGGCGGCGCUUCGGACGGCCGGGCCGGCACUCCGGGUGCCGACGUGGACGACCUCCGCGCUCACAUCGACAAGCUGACGGACAUCCUUCAGGAGGUGAAGAUCCAGAACAACAUGAAAGAUGAGGAAAUCCGGUCCCUGCGGGAUCGUGUGGUCAAGAUGGAGCGCGUCAUCCCCAUCUCCGCCCAGGAAGACGAAGACCUGGAGAACGAGUGGGGCUCCUUGCUCUUCGCGGAAGGCCUCGUCACGGAGGGGGAAGCCAAGGAGCGAGGGGGCAGCCAGGACGCCUUGUGCCCCAAGGAGGACGAGGGGCCGUCCUGCUCCGACCGGGUCUCCCGGCUGAUGGAGAAGGACCCGGCCUUCCGCCGGGGGCGCCUCCGCUGGCUGCGGCAGGAGCAGGCCCGCCUCCAGAACCUGCAGCAGCAGCAGCUGACGAAGACCUUGCGCCGCGGCCAGCCCCACGGCGCCCCGGGCAAAUUCAUCCCCCCCCAGGACUGCAAGCUGCGCUUCCCCUUCAAGAGCAACCCUCAGCACCGCUACUCGUGGGCGCCCAACUCUGCUUUCAUGGUGGGGGGCGCUGGGGAGGAGGAGGGGGCGGCCCCAGAGGAGGCUCCCUCACCCCCGAGUCCCAGGCCGGCCCGGCGGAGCAGCCCUGCCCCCCAGCAUAGGCAGGCCGCUCACUCGGCCCGGCGUAACUCCCUGGAGGGGGGUCAGCAGCAGAGGGAGGGGGGGCCGCCACCGCCGCGGGGCCGCCGGGGCCAGGCCCAAGAACACUACCAGGCCCGCAAGCGCAACUACUACCCCCGUCAGCACCAGCCGUACCCGCAGCACCGGCCCAGCAACCCCGACAGCCCCGCCCCGCCCCGCAUGCGCCGGCAGCGGUCAGCCCCCAACCUCCAGCGUGAGAGCGCCGUGUGACCGCCGGACGGGGCU